UCUAUACGCAAGUGAUUUUGGAGCUGCUUCCUUCAGGGGUUUCAUGAAGCCUGAAGUCUGGCCUGAGUUGAAAUUAGACUCUGGGGGUAGGCAGCCCCCAUCUCUCAUCAUAGGUGGCAAUUGAAUGAGCCCAGGGAGCUACAAUAUGGCAUUCUCAAGUUUAACAUUCGCCACAGCAGCUGUACCCCAUAGGCAGAGCCAAUGCAAGAGCAACCCUGCUGUCCAAGCACAAGGGAACAUCAGCCUCCAAGAUCCAGCACUCUGAGAUGUGCAGAGGCUCCUUCAUGCAUGCUUACCCAGCUAAAGCACUUGGUUGCACAGGUGUAAGGUCGCUGAGAUGACCAGUGCUGUGGUGAGGAUGCAGUGGUAGUGUCAGUGAGGCUUUCCAAUGCUGGUGUCCACACAGAAGGGAGGGGCUUUCUGCCAGCUAGGUGGUUAUCUCAGGAGCUGGAGGUUUUGCCCUUGGCCAGAUGCUUCCUUCCCACCACCCCUGGAGUGGCUGUGGGAUCCUGCAGCAGCUGACGCGUCUCAUGCUGAGGAGAGGACCGGAGCAGGGUGACGUGGCAAAGAGAAGGCAAGCUGCUACCAUGGGCACCUCCAUCUUCCCAUGCCUCUUCCUUAUCCUGCUCACCAGGGGCUCCCCAGCACAGUGUGCUGAAGACGGUGGCUCUGCAUCCGACGGCACAGCAGGCACUGCAGAAAAACCUGUCUUGCUGAACAGCAUCACAGACGCUGAUGCCUUCAUCGGGGGUGCAGAAGUGGUGGUCAUUGGAUUCUUCCAGGAACCAGAGAGCUCCGAAGCCUCCGAGUUUCGCCUGGCGGCCGGCCGGAUCCCGGAGGUUCCCUUCGGUCUCAGCAGCAGCUCCGCGGUCCUGUCCCACUACGGCGUCGCGGCGAACACCGUCACGCUGUUCCGCAGGGUAGACAAUGACCGGAUGGAUCUGGAUAUGAACAGCAAAGAUACUGAUGCUGAGAAGAUUACUCGUUUUGUUCGGAUGAAUGAGCUCCGCCUGGUGACAGAAUACAACCCUAUGACAGCAAUAGGUGUGAUGCAGAGUUCACUCCAGCUUCAUCUUCUACUGAUCACAGACAAGAUGUCCCCAAAGCACCCGGAGCGAAUGCUCAGAUAUCAGGCGGCAGCGGAGCAAUUCAAAGGAAAGAUUCUCUUUAUCCUGGUAGACAGCAAUCUGAAGAGCAAUGAACACACAGUGUCAUACUUCAAACUGAAGAAGUCCCAGCUGCCAGCUCUGGCUAUAUUCCACAUGCCAGAUGAUGAGCAGGAUGUGUUGACUCUGGAUGAAAUCUCUGUUGAGCGAGUACAGGACUUCUGUAAUCGUUUCUUACAAAGAAUGCAGAAGAAAGAAGAUGAACCUGAAGAGAAGGCCCUUAAUGAGGAACUCUGAUUCUUCUUCAUCCAACAGUAUGACUGCCCAGAAUCAUCUGUUUCUGGUCUCUGAAGAGUUCACUAUGCCCCACAGCUCAUGAAUUUCUGGAAUAAGUAGGAUAAGGGGCCACAUCAGUCACUGAUCCCCAUCUCCAUGCUAUGUACAUAUAUGCUGUCUAUCCACUUUAGGAAUCUCUUCUUUCUCAUUUGUUGGCUCUAGAACUCUUUUCUCAGUACUCAAGUAGCUCUGGUAUUGUCCUACACUGUGUCCUUCUGUGCCACCUCUGUUGGGCCAAAGGAUGAUAUAGCAAAAUGGCAAUAUCAGUGAUAAAGCUUGCACUUCCCAGAUCGAUCUGUUUUCUUCAUUCUUUUUCCUUUUGGAGCUAUAUUGGGAUCUACUGUCAGCCUCUCACAACAGUCGGAGCAGAUUUGUUGCUUGAUGUCACGUGAAAUUUUCAAUUUAUUUUAAUAAAUAAGAAAGUGAAUAGCUUAAAUUUUUAUGUAAAUAUGUGAUUUCCCACUCCCCGUGUCUUUCACUUAAUGACAGCAUCUGUGUAUUUCUGAGUGAGUAAGUUCAAUUUAAGCUGAAUUUAACCAGACUUGCAAUGCCUAACCAGUCAGAUUGGUUGCUAAGAAUCAUUCCUCAUGGAAUAUGACCCAUCAUCAACAGAUAUUUCCAAAAGGGUGAGAGAUUUCUGUGAAGGUUUGGGAUCAUAACAGCACUGAGUACAGCAGGUCUGAGCUGGUGCAGCAUAAAUGCAUGAGCCUAAGGUGCAGACUGAGGCUAAGGAGAAUGGACACUGUCACAGAAGGUAAGCAGAAAGAUGCAUUGCAAGAUACAGGGUAUCUCCACACUGCAUUAGAUGGAAAGGCUAAUGUCUGUGUAUUGACCUUGGACAUCCUGUAGACUUCCCAGUGCUGGAGUACAGGGGCUGGGGACUUUGCAGGCAAGGCAUAUGAGCCAUCCCAGGUCUGCUGUACUAGAUGCAUGCAGUAAGCUUGUCUCAUACUUGGCUCAGCAUCCUUUGGCAUGAAGUGUGGAUGCUCCUGUCAAAUAGUGACUGUAUUGUCUCUCAGGGCUUGAGAGACUUGGCUUAGGACAGGGAGCCUAAGAGACAUAGAGCUGAGAAACCUCAGUCUUUUCUGAGAUUAGCCCAAGGCAAAGAACUGGGAACAGAAAGAACUUGUUCUUGCAGAUGAGGCAAACACAGCUCCUCACCACAGAGGGAGAAGUCAGGAACUGGAAGGGAUGCGAAGUGACUGCCAUCCAGCAUGAUGAAGGCCACAGUAGGGAGGCUUUCAGUACAGUAGAGAGCCAGGUAUCAAGCCCUCCGUUAGCUCUUGCCUCUUCCGUGUGGAUCAAGCUGAUGUCUUUCAUCUUCCUAAGACUCUGUUUCCCAUGCGGCUGGACUUAUCUCCAGGAGGGGAGGGGAGGGAGGUAAAAGUGGAGGCAUCUGCCCUCAAAACAUAGAACUAUUUCAUUGGGGUGUCCUCUCUUCUGAGCAGCUGUUUCACAUUGAUCUUUUGCCACAAGCAUGUAGACCUGGAAGUGGAGAUUUGACCUACAAGGCCAUGAGAUUUGGCCCACGUGUGUGGUGUUUGUAUAACUGCUAGAGUGAGCCAUCUCUGCAGACCUCUUAAGUGUGUUUUUCUCUGAAGCGUGAGAUAGCUCAGGGUUGGUCACAUACCUGCCACUGUGUUUGAUACAUUGGAUUUACAUGCUAGUCCUGGAGCUGCAAGUGAAAAUUGCUUCUCAGCAGCACUUCUUGGCAUGGGGGACCUUGCCUAGUAGCAUCAUGUGUCUGUGCUGCAGACUCUCUCCUGCUCAGUGACCAUACCCAGGAGAUGUUGUUGCUGAGCAGAGCAAAGCAUGCCCUCACCAUCAGUGGGGCCAGGGAAGAGAACUGUCUGCAGCAGAUGACGUCUUCAGUGAGCAUGUGUCUAGUGGCAAAUAUAUGCCCAAAUCCUGCUGGAUGUUUUUGGGGCUUUUGCUCAUUGGAGAAGGGCUGCAGAAGUACAUGAAAGAUACUGAGAGAAGGAGGCUCAACCCCAAAAAAGCAGAAAGUUCUAAGGUGUCAAAAUGUCUUGCUGCUUUUGGCUGGUGGCUCAGCCCCUGAGAACAGGCAGAGGUUGCAAUGCUGGACUGGAAGAUCAGCCUCGACUUUGGCAUUGGAGUUCCCUGUGCAGUGCAUGAGGCUUGUCAUGUGCUCUCUGCAUUCAUUUAUCUCUGACCCUAGGGCUGUGUGAAAAUGUAAGCAGGGGGCUCAGCCCCUCCAAAGCACUGGGAUGCCACAGGGACUCAUUCCAGACUCUAACACACAACAACUUUGAGGAUCAGAGGUGGCUCACCUCACACUCACCCAGAACCCAGGCAGAGCAAACUCACCCCUGUCUUCCAACAACCCAUGUUGUUUGUGAUGGUUUUGAACACCUGGUUUUAUACCAGUCCUAGAACAUGCAGGGCUUAUCUUAUAGCAAGAGCUCUGCGUGUUUUCCCUCAAUGGGAAAACUGCUCCUUCUUAUCACUAUAGAUCAUUUCUCCCUAGGAAGGGUUGUACUGCUUUGUCUGCAGUAAGGUAAAGUGGGAAGGUCUUUUGUGGAGAAAUCUCUGAGGAGCCUUGGUGUCACAGAUGUUUCUAGUGUCACGUACCUCUGUAGUCCAGACCAAACAGUGUGAGGAGAGCUGGCCUGCUGCAUGGGUGUCUGAGGUUUGUGUCUUGGCCCUGUGCCGACGCAACAGCUGCAGGAAUUGGGCACAGCAUCAUGGUUCUUUGUUAGUGCUGGAGGGCAACAAAACAGGACAUGAAUGAAGCUCUGGUUCUACAAAAAAGCCUGGGAGAAAAAAGCAAUGCCCUCAGUGACUCGGUUCACUGUGUACACAGCUAAUUAUAGGGAAGGCUUUUCAGGAACUUCAUUAUGUACACUGAGGAGUUUAAUUCCCUCUACACCUUCCAGAGCUCUGCACCUAACCAACAACCUUGGCUCCCCAAGACAGCCAGAGGAAAAGCCUCCUCCACCCCUAGCUGCUCUGCAGUAUUCUCUGGGACUUGUGCAGCACAGUCAGGCCCAGAAUGUUGCACUCGGGAUGCCUUAGGUACAGACAGCGGUGAUGGCAGAUCUUCUUCAAUGCAGCUGUGGUGGGCUUAGCCACUAUGGUGGGGUAUCUGAAUCUUGUGGAGGGGCAGUCUCUUGUUUGUUAUUUCAUUUUGGGUUUUGUCACCCGUUAUGUUAUUUCUGACUUGAAUUUGUGGUGUACUUGACGCAGAUGUUUUGAGCUGGCUGGGGAAAGCUGGGCUUGUUUUCAAGGGGAGGAAGUACUGGAUGUGAACUGAGAGAGAGCAGCAUGAAAGGGUUGUGGAGAUACAAUGGUGUGAGAGCCCCUGCUCUGCAGCAGUGCUUAAACACAAGGAACGUUCAAAAUAGCUAAGAUAGCGGUUAAGCCUGCCUGACAACAAAGUGAGACUGGAGAGGUGUGUGAAAGUUGCCAACUUUACGCCAGGCAACAGGGAAUUGGGCUGCACUGGGGAACAUGCAACCUUGCAUUCAUCCUUGGUGAGAAAAGAUUUAAAUUCCUCUAGAAGGUCAAUAUUAUAAAGACCUAAAGGUUCAGCAAAGGGACUAACAUUUUUGUGUUUCCCCCCCCUGAACUGUUGCACAUGGCAUAAAAUAAGUAGAUGUUCUUUAGAGGUGAGGGCUGGGUCCCAAGAAUGCUCCUCAGAUACUCUGUCCAAGCAGAAACCAGCUGCCAGGUCCUAGUGGCACCAUUCAGCUCUCUUGGGCAUUUCCUUUUGGUUCUUGGGAGUGCCCUGGUGAUGCAGACAUUUAUGUUACAGUCCUUUCUUCUGCAUUUCUUACUAGUGGGGGAGGGUUUCCCCAUUCAUUGUUCACCUUUCAUCAGCACCUCUCCUGGGCACUCAUAUCCUCCAGGACCCUGGCUCUCUGUUAGGGAUACUAAUGAGUAGCAAGAGACAUGAGGGAUGAGUUGAUGCUGAAAGUUGCUACUCUUUUCCCCUGAGAUCCACAGGGCAAGGCUCAGCUCUCUGUUGUUUUUAUGACCCUCUAUCCCAGCAGCUGACACAGUGCCAUCUUCGUGUAAAUUAUACUGAAUAUCACCUUGGGCAAGGCUGGUUGGCAAAGUGGGAAUUCAAUGUGAUGUGUGUGCUGUAUCAACUUCAGAGUUGCCAUCUCUGCUUACUUCUGUCCUUGAGCAUAGAAUUUGCUUAAUCCUUUUUUUGUAGUGUGGGCCCAAACUGAAGUCUGUGUGCAAGGAUGGAAUGGAUGCAAGGGAAUUAGAUCAAUGAACUAGCCCCUAUCUGCUGCAGGUUGAACCAAUGCUUUCAGUAUGAGCUUCACUGUGCCUCAGUUUUGUCGCUCCAGUCCUCCUGCACAUGGAGUGCUGGGUUUGGCUAAGCCACUGGGAGUCUGUCUGACAAGGGAAGGACCAGAAUGACCUUUGCAUCUACUCUGAAGAAGAGGGGAGAACCCUGGCCUCUGCUUGUGAGUCUGUCUGUUCAGGAUUGCCCCUGCUUUUAGCAGUGUCUGGGAGAUACUAAGAGGACUCUGGCUGCCAGCAUGAAGUGAAAUGACACCUCAGAGUCCCAGUGCCUUGUGUGUGCUGAGGUGUAGGACAGCCACCAGUGUAGCAAGGCUACCUGGCUUCCUCCCUGGGCAGGACUGAACUUUCUUCUAAGGCUGCUGCUAGGCACCAGGGCACUGCCAACUUCAAAUAAAUUUAAAAAAUCUCUCAAUUUUAUAUCAGAAUAGCUGUCACAGGAUGAACUUUAUGCUGCUCAGGUUAGAUCCCAUCUCACAUGUGGAAGUGCUCGGGAAGGGGAGGACAUAGUGAAGAUUUAGUGUAUGAUAUGGUAGGUGUUGUUGUUCUCUUUUUAAUAAAAGGAGGCAGGGCAUGGCUGCCUGAUACCUCUGUUCAUCGAGAAGGAAGCUGGAUCAAUAAAUUGGGGCAGCAACAGUAGAAGCAAAGCUUCUCUUGCAGGUGGACAGACCAUUGGGCUUAGUCACUGCACCUCCACACAGGAUGGCUUCCCCUCAGUACCACUAAUGGCAACCCACGGGCUGACAAAGAGGUGGGGGCAGUUGACACAGGAGGGGGAAAUAUUGUCCAAAGGAUACAGCUAGGGAAGUGGUUUGCACAAGUGUGAAAGAGGAGGGUAAAGGAAGAGCCAGCAGCUGAUCUGAGAGGACAAAAGGAGUUGCCAUGGGGAUGGUGUGGCCAGGGACAGGCAAAGGUCAGUGAGGGAAGGUGCUGGGUGGGUAGAACAGGGGGCUGAUAAUGAUGAAGAGAACAACAUAGCAGUGGUUUUUUUUCCCGAGGCUGUGAAUCAAGUACUUCUUUGACCUAUUUUGGCUUAUUCAGUAAGGAAAGUGCAGAGGAAUAUUCUUAGUGGAAAAACCUGCAAAGCCACAAGAUGCCCAAUGAAGAAGGAAGUAUUUGUUCUCCCCUUUGAAUUUCUCCCUUCUCUGCUAAUGUACCUAUAAAUCCAGGCAGGCAGGCUAGUCCCCUGAGCUGCAAAGCAGCACGUUUCUCCAGGUUAGAGGAAAGACCUAUAGAUAACUGCCUCCCUGCCUGCACCAGGCCUCCACAUGUGGCAGCUGUGCAGAAUUGUCUUCUGUGUCACAGCUGCAACCAGCACUGUGUCCUUCUCCCUACGUACUCACCAGACCCCAGGCCUUUGAAUUCUCCAUGCAUCACAGUACCCUUGGAGUGGAGCUCCCUGCAUCUUGUCCAUGUACAGCCAGACACAUCUACUUUCCAGCCUAAACUCAUGGGCUGUGUGUGUCCCGGUUCUUGGGUCUGCUAAUCAGCUAUCGGGGAGUAGGAUAGGAUCUUGCAGUUUUCGUGACUUUUGUUUUGUUGCUAUUAAUCACUGGAAUCAAUUGAAUAAUCACCCCAAGAAAAACACUUCAUCUGUUUUCUUAUCCACUGAAUAAUAGAGGGCAGUAUGCCUAGAAGAUUGUGUUUUAAA